AUGGCCGAAGACGACAUCGUCGCGCAGGCGCCGAGACCUGACGUCGAGGAUGUUGUCGACGAGAAGCGACCAAGGCGGACGCUCGGCAACGUCCGCCUGAUGCACCAUGAUACGCAGGUCAUCAUCUUGGUUCCGACUCCCACGUCCGAUGCCAACGAUCCGCUCAAUUGGCCGAGAUGGCAGAAGCUCUACGUCGCCACCGUCGUCUGCAUGGCCAUGUUCAUGUGCAACUUUCUCGCCGCGGGGCCAACCAUAGCCAUGGUGAAUACGGCCCUGGACUUUUUCCCCGGCGCCAUCGCCGACGGCUCCCUCCUGACCGUCGCCAUUCCCCAGACGGCCUACUUCUUCACCACCACGGCCUUGCUGCAGGGGACGGGGAACCUCUUCUGGAUCCCCAUGGCCAACAAGUGGGGUCGCAGACCGGUCUACAUCCUCAGCUACGCCAUAUACUUUGCCACCUCGGUGUGGCUCAUCUUUGAGCAUUCGUACGCCGGCUUCCUCGCCGGCCGCAUCCUCAUGGGCUUCGGGGCUGGUGCGGCCGAGACGGUGGCGCCCAUCUCCAUCGCCGACAUCUUCUUCCUGCACGAGAGGGGGACCUUCAUGUCCGCCUACACGUGCUUUCUCGCCAUCGGCGUCGCCGCCGGCGUCAUCAUCUCGGGGCUGAUUACCAUCAAUUUCCAGUGGCGAACCAUAUACCAGGUGGGCGCCGCUCUCGUCGGCUUCGUCCUCCUGUUGAUCAUCUUCACCUUCCCCGAGACGGCGUACCCGCGCGCGAAGACGUCGAGCGAGGAAGCACCCGCAUCGGCCGACAAUGGCGACUCGUCCAAGUCGGACGUCGAGAGGACGGCGAGCUCCGAGGGGAACAGGAGGGAGACGUACGCCCAGUCCCUCAAGGUCUUCCGCCGCAUCUUGACGCACGAAAAACUGUUGAAGAUGAUGGUUCGCCCCUUUGGCUUGAUUCUCUUGCCACCCGUCCUCUGGGCUGCCCUCGUCCAGGCCGUGACCAUUGGCUUCCUGGUCGCCGUCACGUCCAACGUGGACCCCGCCUUCGAACUGGCCUACCGCUUCGAACCCUACCAGGUCGGCUUGUGUUUCUUUUCCGCCGUCGUCGGCUCCCUCUUCGGUCUUCCGGCCGGCGGUCAGCUCGGGGACAAGGUCGCCGAAUACCUGACCAAGCGCAACGGGGGCAUUCGCGAACCGGAGAUGCGACUGCCGGCCAUCAUCCUGUCCUGCAUCACAUCCCCUUUGGCGUUGCUUCUCUUCGGCGUCGGCAUCGAGCACCGGCUUCAUUGGAUCUGUCCAACCUUUGCACUCGGGCUCCUGAACUUUUCCAUCACGCAGGCAACCAACAUCUGCCUGGUGUACGUCAUUGAUGCAUACCGUCCCGUUGCUGGCGAGGUGACCCUGGCGGUCAUGGGUUUCAAAUCACUGUUUGGAUUCCUUCUUUCGUUCGAGACCAACUCUUGGGUCAACGAGAGCGGUUAUCAAAAUGCAUACGGAGCCAUGGCGGGCAUCUCGGCCGCCGUCCUCAUCGCGUGGCUACCCCUGUAUUAUUGGGGCAAGAAAAUCAGGCACCGCAGUUUGCGGUGGCGAAUCGUCUCAUUCGUUCACUGGGACGAUGACCGAGAAGUCGGAGAGUGA